GAGGGGGCACCCAGAUAGUCAACAGGAACGCAGAGGCGACGGCAAGGCUGCUCAGAGUGUCUAUGCCCCCUCUGUUGCCGCUCCCGAACUCAGGCACGGUCUCCGACUCGGCCCCCUGCGCCCGCUCAGUGUCACUGCCUCUCGCUCUGGGAAAAUGGCGGCGACGGCGGCGGCGGCCGCGGCGGCGGCGACGGCGGCGGCGGCGGCGGCGGCAAGUGCACGGGGCCCGCCCGCCCCGCUCCGCAGGGGCAGAGGGGGAGGGGACGAAGCUGCCUGCCGCCAUUUUGCUUAUGGGCUGCCGCCCGCUGUUGCCUCUUGGCACAGAGGCUUGAAGACAGGCAACUGGAGGCAGAGAGUCUGGCCUCCAGCGCUGGGUGAACUCGUUUUGGGUGUCACUCGACGCCCACUAGGGGCUGAGGAGGCUCCAGUGCGCAGACUCCGAGCACCGGAUAAAAGCGGAGCUGGAGCGUCCAGCGCCGUCUCGAUGGAGGAGCGAGAAACGGAAGAGGUCGGGGGGAGAAGCAGCAGGAAAAAUACAGCCACCGUCAGCGCCGCUUCCCUGCCACCGUGUAUCGGGGUAAAAAGCUGCCGUUGCCGUCGGUGCAGUUGCCGUCGCUGCCUCCUACUUCUCUUGGCCCCGGGGAAGGAUUUCCCCGCCGGCGGGACAAUGUGCGGGGUGGGGAGGAGUUAACCUUUAUGUGGCGGUGAUUAAACGAGGGAGGGACAGAGAGACGGUUAUCUCGAAGAAAAAAGGGGGAGGCCAAAGAAUAAAACAAGGGUUUCCCCACUAAAAUAACAUUGUGAUUCCGGUUCUUGUUUUCGGGGUCUUUCCCUGAAAUGGCGGUUUCCGUCUUCUUGCUCCGCAGAGACCCGGAGCGCUUGGUAAGCGGAGUGGGGAGAGGCAGAGGCGGUCCAUGCGGCCAAUCAGUGCCUGAUGUGUCCUGUCGGGCUAGUAGUGAUUGGCUAGCGAUGACCUCAUGCUGCAGCAGCGGGUGGGGCCAGAGCCGUCGGGGGAGGCUGUUGCAAAGGCAGAGAGGGAGAAGUGACGAUGGUGAUCGUUGCUGCCGCGGCCGGUAUGGAACCCAAGCAGUGGCGAAGAGAAUCUCAAGGCUCUUCCCUGAGUAUUUUCUCCUGUCCCUGCGCGAGGUGAGGGCCCCGGCUCGGCCCCUGCGAAACCUUGGGGCGCUGGCGCGGACGAGGAGACACCAUUUCUCUCAUGACUUUUGUAACUGCGUCAGGGCAAGAUGGCGCUGGGUCUCCUUGGGGCGCGGGGGGAGAGGCACGUCCACCGCCGCCGCAGCGCAUGUGACCGGGCUGCAUUCCUGUGGGGUUUGGCUCCGACCCAGGCUGGGGCGGGGGAGGGGAAAGGGCUUGGGCGGAGGAGACUGUGGUGCGGUCGGCGUUGGCGGCCUGAAGAGGAAGAGAUGACUGUUUGAGAGCGCUUCCCCUCCCCCAUACAGCUUACAGUUGCGGCUCCCAGGGGAAAGCCCCUGGAGGGACACUCCUUUUGGGUGUGACGGCUGUUGGUGGAGGAGAAGGUUUGGUGCCCUAUUUUCUUAUCUACCUCUCUCCUUGCAAAGUACUUACGUAAGGUGGCAGGUUCCUAAUGUGGGAAUCUACUAUGAGUCCCUGAGGGCCUCUGGACUGAGUAAAGAGGGGACAGACUAGCUCCUGGCCCACGACGACAAGCGGUAUCAGUUAUUUUUUGAGAAGACGUAAAAUUUCUCAGAUCCUAGUAGAAAAAUGUUUCCUAAAUUUGGAAGCGAAGGUAAAAGGUGUAAACACCCAGGAACACUUAAAAUCUCCGAAGUUACAGGGAAUUUGCCAUCUGAAUUUUGAGGACCUUUUUCAGGCUUUCUGUUCCUUUCCUGUGUACUCUGUUCUCGUAUCCUCCUUAUCUGUGUAUUCUACAAGAAUGUGUAAUUUCAGCGGAUUUGCUUUUUCUAAAUUUAGGCAUGAUCAGUAAUAACAAUAAAAGCGAUAGUGUUGUGAUCUGUA